AUGAGUUCCAUCAGCUCUCUCGAGCGGUGGCUCGCGCGCUUCCCGGGUCGCUUUCGUCGGUAUCUACCACCCCUAAAUUUCAUCACCAUUCAUUAUGCCUACUUCAUCCUGGUAUGUCUCAUCACGUCCGUCAUCUUUUGGGGCUCGUCCGAUCCUGCCUUCUCCGUCAGCUACACUGAUAGCCUCUUUCUCGUCGUGUCUGCCAUGACCGAGGCAGGUCUCAACACCGUCAACCUCAGCCAGCUGACGACGUGGCAACAAACACUCCUGUUUAUCCUGUUGCUGCUGGGAAGCACCAUCUGGGUCUCCAUCUGGACCGUCUUGGCCCGCAAACACGUCUUUGAGAAACGCUUCGACGAGAUUGUCCGAGCAGAGCGUACGCGUAAACUUAGUCGACAGGGUAGUGCCAUAUCGCUGGCUUUGCCUCGCUUCUCUCUUGACUUGCCUCGACUGCAGCUGGCGCUCUCCUUUGGCAAAGCCCAGGCAGCCCAUACUCCUCCUCCUCCUCCAGACCAGAUCUUCAAAGCAACAAGGGCUCGUGACUCGGAGAAAGGCGUCUCUCAGCCGGAUGAGGAGCAAUCGGAUGCUGCCGAAGCUGCAAACAAAUGUCGGCGAACUGCAUCCCGGGAUGCACCCGAAGACGCCCAAGAGGUCGAUGAUUCGCAGACGCCAGGACACAUUACAUUUGACGACGCACCACACCCCAAUGCUGUCGACAGCCAAGCCACGUCGACGGGCGUCUCCCUCCCCGGCAACUCGAAUGGAACAGCGCGUCCAUUGAAAAGGCCCGGCGAUGCACCAGUGGAUUCAACCGAUGCCGACGCAGACGCUCGAAACUUCUUGAAACACCGUUCAGCUAGUCGCUACGGCCAGUUCCACGACCUGAGCAGUGACGAGCGCGAUCACCUCGGCGGCUGCGAGUACCGCGCCCUCAAGGUCCUGGCCAUGUUGGUACCAGCCUAUUUCUUCUUGUGGCAGGUUCUGGCAUGCCUUGCCCUCGGAGCCUGGAUGAACAACUACAUGCCCGAUACUGCGAGGGCCAAUGGUAUCAAUCCGUGGUGGCUUGGUAUCUUCAACGGUGUCUCUGCAUUCAACAACUCGGGAAUGUCGCUGCUGGACGCCAAUAUGAUUCCCUUUCAAGAAGCGCCAUACGUUCUCAUAACCAUGGGCCUCUUGAUAUUAGCUGGAAAUACGGCAUAUCCCCUUUUCCUACGUCUCAUCAUCUGGUCCUCGCUCCGACUACUGAAGUUAACAACUACAGAAGAGGCCCUUUUCGACUUGAAAGCGACCUUAGAGUUCAUCCUAAAAUACCCGCGCCGUGUCUACACCAACCUCUUUCCUUCCCGGCCGUCUUGGUGGCUAUUCUUCAUGCUAGUUUGGCUUAACUCUGUGGACUGGGUUGCCUUUGAGCUUCUCAACAUUGGAAAUACGGUCACUGAAAAGAUACCCACGGGUUCCCGUGUGCUCGAUGGCCUAUUCCAGGCACUUGCUGUGCGGUCUGGAGGCUUCUAUGUCGUUCCCAUAUCGGGUCUUUUCAUCGGCCUCCAGCUUCUCUACGUCGUCAUGAUGUAUAUCUCGGUAUAUCCCGUUGUUAUCACAAUGCGCCACUCCAACAUUUAUGAGGAACGAUCGCUCGGCAUUUACAGCGACGACAUUUCCACCGCGUCCGAUGCAGACCCCGAGGUGGCCACACCUCUGCUUCCUAUGGGUAGUCGUCCUCCCACCCUGGCUCGCACCACUAGCAUUGGCGCAGCUUCUGCACGGCCUUCCGUCCUAGCACGUCGCCUUAGCCGUUCCGGUCCAGUCACCGACGCCCGCCGAGCACUCAAGAGCACCUUCAUGAGCUUUCACGGCGUUGGCGUUACGCCGCCGACAGGUUCGGGACUCGGCCAGAACGGCGCCGACCAGGGAACCAGGCAGGAAAGCCGCAUCAGCUUCAUCAGCCACCAAGUCCGCGGGCAGCUGGCCCAUGACCUCUGGUGGCUAGUCCUGGCUGUGCUGGUGAUUACCAUCAUCGAGACAUCAAAAUUCAUCCAGGACCCUGUGACCUUUUCGGUCUUCAACAUCAUAUUUGAGGUCGUCUCAGCAUACGGCACGGUCGGGAUAUCGGUAGGUUUACCAACUGAUGCCUAUAGCUUUUGUGGCGCCUGGCAUGUUGGUAGCAAGCUUGUGCUGUGCCUGGUUAUGCUACGCGGUAGACAUCGAGGGUUACCUGUCGCGCUGGACCAUGCGGUGCGGCUUCCAGGACGACAGCUGCACAAAUAUGAGGAGGAGGAUCAUCAGAUACGGAGGAGCAGGACGAUCGAGCUGGAAAGAUAG